AUGUCCGAAGCCAACAGCAGCAACAAGGGCUUCAAACUCGAAAACCUCUUUUCGGUGAAAGACCGCGUAGCCCUCAUCACUGGGGGCGGCAGCGGUAUCGGUCUCAUGGCUACACAGGCCUUGGCCACCAACGGCGCCAAGGUCUACAUCUGCGGCCGCACCGGCGAGAAACUUGACAAGGUCGUCGAGCUCUAUGGCAAGGACAUCCCAGGCCAGAUCAUUCCCCUGCAGGCGGACAUCACGCGCAAGGACUCGAUUCGCGAGCUGGUCAAGGAAGUGGAGAAACGUGAGAAGUGCCUCUGCAUCCUCAUCAACAAUGCCGGCAUCGAGCUGAACACGCAGCAAACUGAAGCGGAGACCACCAAGGAGAUGAGCAAGAAUCUGUUCGAGGACGAGAACGAGACGUUUGAGCUCUGGGCCGACACCUUCAAGACCAACGCGGCUCAGCUCUUUUUCAUGACCACGGCCUUCUUACCGCUCUUGCAGAACGCGAGUGAGAUGCACCACGGUUAUUCCGGCACGGUCAUUAACAUCACGAGCAUCUCGGGCGUGGUCAAGACGAGCCAGCACCAUUUUGCCUACAACACCAGCAAGGCGGCGGCGAUCCACCUGAACACGAUGCUGAGCAACGAGGUGGCGAUGAAUGGCUUCAAGGUUCGCAUCAACGGCGUGGCGCCAGGCGUGUUCCCGAGUGAGAUGACCGCGGGGGAGUCCGGCGGCGAUCAGAAGAGCUUCAUUCCGAAGGAGAAGUAUGAGAGCAAGACGCCGGCCAGACGGCCAGGCAAGGAGACGGACAUGGCUAAUGCCAUCCUGUUUGCGGCGACGAAUCAGUAUCUGAAUGGGCAGAAUAUCAUCGUGGACGGCGGGUAUGUGAUUCAAGCUGGUGGCGGGCCUUAA